UCAUCAUCAUCAUCAUCAUCAUUAUAUAAAAAAUGCCAUUCCAUCAUCUGCAUUCAUUCAUCGUCGUCGUGCUUACACAACACAAUAGAAAUGCAACGAAAACAUUUACUAUUUUCCGUUACGAUGAUGAUGAUUGUCGUAGCCAUACAUUCUGCAUCAACAACAGUGGUGGAUGAUAAUUCUAAAUUAAAACAACAACAACAACAACCAGUGGAUGACGAAGCCAAUAUUGAUGCCGACAUUCGACGCGUAGAAUCAUCAUUAAAUGAAAUUGAAAAAUUAUUAAAUCAAGCAAAACAACAAACAAAUGGAGAUGGUGGCCAACGAGAACAAUUUAGCGAACUACGACGACAUAUUCAUAUAAUUAAAGAUCAAUUACAUUUGAUACAAACAGAAUAUAAAAUGAACAAAGAUUUAGAUCAUUUUCUUGAACAAAUACAACAAUGGCGUAUGGAUGCACAAUCGUUAGGUCUACGAUUAAAACGUGAUCUUCAAUCAUUCCAUAAUAAUAAUGUUGAUGAUGAUAACCAAUCAAUGAAUCAAUAAUUUGUCCAUGUGUCAAUAAAAAAAAAAUU